AUGGCAGCAGCAAUGUCCCCUACAGUGCGCAACCCCAACCCCUCCUGUGGCGAUGUUUCUGUUACAACGGGUAAGCUGGAUAUGAUGGCUACUAAUCGAAGCCUCGGACCGAAGAUUCAAGCUAGGUCGACAUCAAAGCACAGGUCUAAAGAGAUCAGUCCGCGACUUGUGCGGAGAUGCAGUAAGAAAAGCCAGGGCACACUGCGACUGCAGGAUGUCAACAACAAGGAGUACUGGAAGAAUCUGGCCCAACUAUCAGAUCCCAGCAGACAAAAGAGAGAGAUAUUAGAUUACAGUGUCAUUAUACCUCAGAUUAAAUCCAAGAUCCAGGCAUUUAAAGCUCAGCUAAAAGGGGGCGUGAUAAAAGAAGUUCAGCAGAUUCAGCAACCAAUGAGGGUCCUACAUAAUCUGCUAGUGAUGGCUGAGGUUGAGAAGUUGAACAACGUUGGCCUUGAACUUGGACUACCCCGUGUCCUCUUUGGCCUGAUCCAGGAUACUGUAGAAAGCUCAGAUUUCAUUAAGCACCAGCAGAGUAUCCCCGUCGUUCAAGAAAUGAUCACAGUGGUCCUGAUCUACUGGGAGAAGAACUGUGCCUGGGUGGAACAAGAACAAAGUCUGGAAGAGUUCACCAAGUCCUUCAAAACAAUUCUUAGUCAACCAAAUCUCAGUCGUCUGGUCCCUCUGGCUGCUUGUGUUUUGUCUCUCUUUACACAACACAAUGUUGAUGUCAAAGUUGAUGUGGAGCAUCUAGCAUCCUUGCUGAAAACUCUGGUCUUGGACCCAUGUGAGCCCCACAUUUCUCCACCCUCUGGUUGGGGACUCUGUGAUGGCCUGCUGUCUUUGUUCCUAGAUGCACUUAAUGAGCAUGAGAAUGGCCCUUUGCCUUCGGGUUUAAAUCCAGUUUUCUUUCUGAAUCUGUGGAAAAAGAUCGGUGCUUCCCUAAGAAGUGCAACAUCAGACUCUGACUUCUGUUCAGCAAAUGGGCUGUAUUCCUUUCUCUCUGCUUUGCUGUUUGCCUUCUGCAAGGAUGCAUAUUUGUGCAUUCCUCUGUUUUGUGAUGAUGGAUCAGAAUGUGUGUACGCUCUCAGCCGCCUGCUAGGCACCUACUGUCUUCAUUUGUUUGCCAAGGGCAAUCCUGGGAGACCCAGUGUGGAUCUGAGUCACAACACUUUAUCCACACUGAGCUGCCACUUGUUAUGUUUUCCAUUCGCCCUGGACCUGCCUCCACACACCAUGUCCACAGUUCUCCAGUUGUACGACAGCUGUGGUAUUGUUACAAGCCUCCUGCAGGUAAUUCAAACCUUUCCUCUUCAACUACUGGAGCUGCCUCUCUCCCUUCUGAGCCGGAUGCUCCUGUGUGAUCCCCACCGCUCGAUUGACCACCUCACAAAAGCAGCUUCUUGCUUUUUCUCGCCAUCCUGGGAUGACCAGCUCCCUGCCUCCAGCCAUCAGAGUCCUCCAACCAGAACUGCCAGCUCUCUGCUCCCUGAACUCCUGCAGUUAGAAAUUCUGUGGGAAGCUGCUGUGGAGCUCCUCACUCUAUUGUCUCAGAUAGCCCAUUGUCCCUCCUGCCCCCUGCAACUUUCUGUAGAAACCUCAGUGCUGCAGCAUGCACUAGCUCACUCGUAUGAGCAAAUCAGGGCUGCUACGUGUAGAUUUUUAGGAAAUUUGGAUCCAUUCAGGCCUCUCACACAACACACCCUAAAACCUGACAUUUUCAAAGCCAUGAUAAACUGUCUUAAUGAUUCCUGCAUGCCUGUCCGGCAGGUGGCUUGCAGGGCGGUUGGGAACUGGUUGGGCUAUAUUGCAGCUGGGCCGCAUAUGGACAGACCCAGUGAGAAUGGGAUAUAUAGAGAGAAUUGGUGCAUAGAAAAGCAACAAAAUAAACAGACAGAGCAGAGAACGGAGGAGGAAGAAAGAAGGUGGACACAUGAAGCCAGGAGGACAGUGGCCAUGCUGGUAACUCUAAUCUGUGAUCCUGAUGCCCUCACACGUCGUCACUGCUGUGCCGCCCUGGGAAACCUGCUAAAUGUUGAUGGAGCCAUAUCCUUGUUGCUGGAGGAAAAUGUGCCCGGCUUACUUCUAAGAACUGCAUGCACAGAUUCCCAUAGUGCAGUGAGAAAAGCUGCCAUAGGAUCUUUAUACCUGUACAGCCAGCAGGAUGCCAUGCAUCAGGUCCUGAUGUCUCUUGAUGCCAGUCAGAAGCUUGUUCAGGCUUCACAACAUGCUCCUCCACAGUGUGACUAUCAGCGGCUCAUUGGACAGCUGACUCCACCAGAAAAGUCAGCAGCUUAA